AUGACUGAGGCGGAAAUUUACCACGAACUGCUGAGGCAAGCGGUCUGGGAGCGGCUCUCUCCGGACAAGACACAGCUGCGACUGGUGCUCAUCGACAUCUUCCCCGCCUUUGCUUUCGCUCCGCUUGUCAUGAGCGAUACAAUGGACGUCCUCGACGAGAAAGCCAAUGGGGGACCGCCCAUGGAAGUGGAGGAGGUCGUCUCGGUCCGUGAUCACAUUGCAUUCGCCGCGAAGCAUAUGCCAGACUUGGGUCACGACAUAAAGGAGUUCAAGGUUUUCACUUGGAAACUCACAAAUUGGAAAAAACUGGAGAAGAAGAUCACCAGUCCUGAGUUUGAGUGUGGUGGACACAAAUGGCGGAUAUUGUUGUUUCCUUUUGGUAAUUCCAACGCUCCACCAAAUGAUACCGUAUCAGUGUACCUCGACUAUGCUGAUCCUAAGAGAGCGCCUGAGGGAUGGCACGCAUGCGCACAGUUUGCUUUGGUCAUUUCUAACCCACAUGAUCCGACAAUAUACACCGUUAGUCAUGCACACCAUCGCUUUAUCGCUGAGGAAUGCGACUGGGGCUUCACACGAUUCAGCGAAUUGCGCAAGCUAUUCAGUGUUCAGGAGGGUCACACUAGGCCAACUAUUGAAGACGAGUCGGCGAGCGUGAGUGUCUUUGUCCGCGUACUGGAGGACCCGACUGGUGUUUUAUGGCACAACUUCGUCAACUACGACUCCAAAAAGGAAACAGGCUAUGUUGGGCUCAAGAACCAAGGUGCAACAUGUUAUAUGAACUCCUUGCUACAGUCGCUAUUUUGCACAAGAUAUUUUCGCAAGGCUGUUUAUCAAAUCCCUACGGAAGACGAUCACCCUACGGAGAGUGUCCCCUUGGCACUGCAGAGAGUGUUCUAUCAUUUGCAAACGUCAGACCAACCUGUCGGCACCACGGAGCUAACGAAGUCGUUCGGAUGGAAGUCAUUAGAUUCCUUCCUCCAACAUGAUGUGCAAGAGUUUAACCGCGUACUACAGGAUAAGCUUGAGAGUAAGAUGAAAGGCACAGCAGCGGAGGGUGCCGUGCAGAAGCUCUUUGUUGGUAAAAUGAAGAGUUACAUCAAGUGUGUCAAUGUAGAUUACGAAUCGUCGAGAAUCGAAGAGUUCAAUGACCUUCAGCUUAACGUCAAGGGGAUGAAGAAUCUGUACGAGUCUUUCAAGGACUAUGUAGCCGUGGAGACUUUGGAGGGUGAGAACAAAUAUCAAGCUGAAGGACUUGGCCUACAGGAGGCUAAGAAAGGCAUAAUAUUCCAAUCCUUCCCACCUGUUCUUCAUCUGCAGCUCAAACGAUUUGAGUAUGAUAUACAGCGGGAUGCUAUGGUCAAGAUCAAUGAUCGUCACGAAUUCCCUUUCGAAAUAGAUCUUGACGAAUUCCUCGAUGAAGCAGCGGAUCGAUCUGAACCCUGGGUUUACAAGUUGCAUGGUGUGCUGGUACAUUCAGGCGAUCUGCACGGUGGCCACUAUUUCGCGUUGAUAAAGCCCGACCGUGAAACGCGUUGGUUGAAGUUUGAUGAUGAUCGAGUAACUCCUGUGACAGACCGCGAGGUCCUGGAAGAGAACUACGGCGGCGAGGCGCUCAAUGGCGUGGUACCACCCAUGCAACGUAACCAGGUUCGUGCUCUGAAGCGAUUCACGAAUGCAUACAUGUUGGUGUACAUUCGUGAAUCGGCCAUCAAUGAAGUGCUGGCGCCGUUCAAAGAGGAUGACACGCCGCCUCACUUGAAGAAGCGUCUUGAUGAGGAGCGACUACAGCUCGAAGCCAAGAAGCGGGAGCGAGAAGAGCAACACUUGUAUCUCACCGCGAAGGUCAUCACGGACGAAACAUUUGCCCAUCAUGAAGGCUUUGAUUUGGCUACUUUUGAUGAGAGAAACUGGCCCUCAUCCGAUUUGCCCACUUUCCGUGUACUCAAGAGCGAAACAUAUAGCAUGUUCAAAAACCGUGUUGCCCAACAUUUUAACUAUCCUGAGAGUCAAAUUCGGUUGUGGGUGUUGGUUAACCGGCAGAAUAAAACUGUUCGACCAGACACCCACAUCCCGGAGAAUGAACCUGGUCUCACGGUUGAGGUCAUCCGGAAUAACAUGGCGGUCAGGCAGCAGAAUGACUUGAGACUCUAUUUAGAUGUUAUUCCUGAUCCCAAUAAGGCACAGUCGUCUCCAUUUUGGCGAUCUCCGGAUGUUCCUUCAGGAUCCAUCAUGGUUUUCUUGAAGCACUUUGAUACUACGAAGCAGACUUUGUACGGUGUUGGUAAGGUCCACGUACAACGGAGUAGCAAAGUCGGUGAUCUUGCUUCUCUCAUCAACGAGCGUAUGCGAUGGACCUCAACGACACCGCUGAAGCUAUAUGAGGAAAUCAAACCCGGCAUGAUAGAGCUCAUGAAACCAAGAAUGACUUUCACGCAAAGUGAAAUUCAGGACGGUGACAUUAUUUGCUUCCAGGUUGAGACCAACGAGAAGGAAAUCCACGAUCUUGAGAGCCAAGGACUUUACUCAAAUCCCACACAAUUCUAUGAUUUCUUGCAAAACCGUGUCAUGGUCAUGUUCCGGCCAAAGACUGAGGAACCAAGCCAUGACCACCCAGAGUUCAACCUUGUCCUCAGUAAGAAACAGAACUAUGAUGCCAUGUCAGCGAAGGUGGGUGAGUACCUAAGACAUGACCCAAUCAAGCUUCGCUUUACGACCACGCACGCCACAAACGGGACGCCAAAAUCUGUCCUGAAACGAUCGUUGAAUCCAAGCGUAUCAGAGAUUAUUUCUCCAUCGUAUGUCAACCCACAAACGACAGUAAUUCUCUAUGAGAAGCUCGACGUGAGCAUUGUCGAGUUGGAGACCAAGCGGAGUCUCAAGGUCACCUGGACGGGUAUCCACAACAAGGAGGAGUCGACGCAUCCGUUUCUACUUCCUAAGACAAGCAUGGUCCAUGACCUUGCGGAUCACCUUGCUAAGCAGGUUAAGCUGACCACUAGCGGUACGGGCAAGAUUAGAGUAUUCGAAGUUGCGAAAGACGGCAAGACACAGAAGGAAUUCACUGGGUCUGAGAUGAUCGGCAACAUUCCCGAUCCGGUCGAACUGUUUGCGGAGGAAGUUCCGAGCGAGGAACUGGAAGCUGAUGAUGCGGACAAAGUGAUCAGCGUGUUCCAUUUCUCUAAAGAGGUAUCGCGGACGCAUGGGGUGCCAUUCCGCUUCGUUGUGAAACCGAACGAGAAGUUUUCGGAGACGAAGAAGCGUCUACAAGCACGAAUAGGCGUUUCGGACAAGGAAUUCACCAAGUAUCGCUUCGCUCUCAUCCAAGUCGCAACAUUCAAACAACCAUCGUAUAUCGAAGACGACGAUACAAUUUACGACCACAAGUUCGCUCCAGAAGACGUCCUUGGCCUCGACCAUGUUGAUAAGUCAGGCAGGACAAGAGUAGGAGCAGGAGAGAAGGCGAUCGUCAUCAGAGGCUGA